CUCGGCGCUCGGCGGGGCGGCCUGGCGGGGCUGGCGGGGCUGGCGGGGCUGGCGGCGGCCAUGGUGAAGCUGACGGCGGAGCUGAUCGAGCAGGCGGCUCAGUACACCAAUGCCGUCCGCGACCGCGAGCUCGACCUGCGCGGCUAUAAAAUCCCUGUAAUUGAGAACUUGGGUGCCACGUUGGACCAGUUUGAUGCAAUUGAUUUCUCUGACAACGAGAUCCGCAAGCUGGAUGGGUUCCCUCUGCUGAGAAGGCUGAAAACUCUCCUGAUGAAUAACAACAGGAUUUGCCGGAUCGGUGAAAACCUGGAGCAGGCUCUGCCCAGCCUGACAGAGCUGGUUCUUACCAACAACAACAUUGCUGAACUGGGUGAACUGGAUCCGUUGGCAACUAUUAAAUCCCUGACUUACCUGAGCAUUUUAAGGAAUCCUGUAACAAAUAAGAAGCAUUACAGAUUAUAUGUCAUCCACAAAGUUCCCCAGGUCAGAGUGCUGGACUUUCAAAAAGUGAAACUCAAAGAGCGACAGGAGGCAGAGAAAAUGUUCAAGGGCAAACGGGGUGCACAGCUUGCAAAGGAUAUUGCCAGGAGAACAAAAACCUUCAGUCCUGGAGCGGGUCUGCCAACUGACAAGAAGAAAGCUGGGCCCUCCCCUGGGGAUGUGGAGGCAAUUAAGACUGCAAUAGCAAAUGCCACGACUCUGGCUGAAGUGGAGAGGCUGAAGGGGUUGCUGCAGGCUGGUCAGAUUCCUGGCAGAGAACGCAAAUCAGGCCCCCCGGAGGACGCCGAGGAGGAGAUGGAAGAGGACACGGUUCCCAACGGCUCCUGAGCCCGCCCGGCCUGCGUUCCCCUGCUUCUCCCCAGAGCCCGCGCUCCCUGCCGCGGCCGCGCCCGGUGCUCGCGCGUUUCGCGGUUCAAUAAACGGACGUUUCCCUUUUUC